AUGGAGCUUAUGGAUCUGACCUCUGCUAAUCUCACAAACUCAACUGGACCUCCAGCUCAGUUCCUCUGGAGCGCGAGGGCUCUGGUCCCAGCAGUCAUCUUGUCUGUGUGUUUCCUGGUGGGAUUUCCUGGAAAUGUAGCUGUUCCAAUCCUCAGACCCAACUGGCAGCAGCUGACCCAACUGACCCAGUAUCUGAUGGUGAACCUGGCCUUGUCCGACCUGCUAUACUUGGUCACUCUGCCUAAUCUACACGUCUCUGUCAAAAUGCAGCAGCUGAACCUGACCUCCACACAGAGCCACAAACAGUUGGGAGCAGAGGCGCUGGUCCCAGCAGUCAUCAUGUCUGUGUGUUUCCUGGUGGGAUUCCCUGGAAAUGUAGCCGCUUUAUUCCUGAGACCGAACUGGCAGCAGCUGUCCACACUGACCCAGUGUCUGAUGGUGAACCUGGUCACCAUCUACAGCAGUGUACUGACCGUCACUGCUCUGAGUGUCCAGCGCUACAUGCAGGUGGUUCACCCACACAGAAGUCUCCAGUUCAGGAAGACGCCCUUGGCUCUGAUGUGGCUCAUGUCGAUGGUCCUCUCCAUCCCAACAAAGAUUGAUAAGAUAGAGGGCUGA